AGGGCCAGACUCCAGUGAACUCACCCACAGCCUUGAGGCCGGGAGAACAGUCUGACGCACAUUCACGCCAUUGUGUCCGUGGAACCAGCAGAUCAAUUAGUGCCAAUUAAAGAAGAAGUUGCGCUUUGGACGUGCGUUUUUUUUUUCACUUUGUCUUGGAGCUCAGUGCUCGGUGGUGAUAUCAGACCAAUGCGGGAUAGUGAUCGGAGUUGACGAGCCGCUCCACUACUGUAUCCCCCCCCUCCCCCCCCUCUCCGCACAACCAGGAAAUCCACCGCCGAGGUGUGCUCCUUCUUUAUCCGGCUUGUAGCUCCCCCUCUACGGGUGUUAGAUGUACGUUGACGGGCUUUUGUCGGGUUCUUUACGUUAUCCGGUUGCUUCUUAAACCCGGGCUUUUGAUCUGAAGACACCCGGACUGCACCCGAGGAGAGGACCUCCACCCCGGCGGAACAAUGAGUGAGUCGAGUAUCUGCCAGGCUCGGGCCACGGUGAUGAUCUACGACGAUGGCAACAAGAAGUGGCUGCCGGCGGGCACCGGGCCACAGGCCUUCAGCAGGGUGCAGAUCUACCACAACCCCACCAACAAUGCCUUCAGGGUGGUGGGGCGCAAGAUGCAGACGGACCAACAGGUGGUCAUCAACUGUCCAAUCGUGAAGGGUCUGAAGUACAACCAGGCCACGCCCAACUUCCACCAGUGGCGUGACGCGCGGCAGGUCUGGGGGCUGAACUUUGGCAGUAAGGAGGACGCCACGCUGUUCGCCAACGGCAUGAGUCACGCGCUGGAGGUGCUCGGCUCCAUGGCAGACGCAGGUUACGCCACCCUCCCCCGCCCAGUGUCCAAUGGCCCGUCCCCAGAGGAGCUGGAGCAGCAGCGGAGAGCCGAGCAGCAGAAGCUGGAACAGCUGGAGAGGGAGCGCCAGGAGAAGGAGAGGAAUGAGAGAGAGAGGCUGGAAAGGGAGAGGAUGGAGAGAGAGAGACAAGCUGCUGCAGUUUCCAUUCCCCCAGCUCCCCCAGCUCCCCCUAUGGGCGCGGGGGCUCCCCCGCCGCCACCACCGCCCCCUCCUCCACCCCCUGGCCCGCCUCCUCCCCCCUCUGGGGGCGGGAUCCCUCCCCCUCCUGGACCACCUCCACAACUCGGGGCAGGUGCCCCACCCCCGCCGCCGUUGCCCCCCGGUGGGCUGGGAGGGGAUAGCGGAGGAGGAGGAGGAGGAGGAGGGGGGUUAGGAGGCCUGGCAGGGGCACUGGCAGCAGCUAAACUCCGGAAAGCAUCCAAGCAGGAGGAUGCGGGGGCUGCUCUGGGGAGGACCGACUCCAGCCGCAGCUCUAACUCUUCCAGUGGAGGUGGAGGGGGAGGGGGUGGAGGAGGCGGAGGCGGCGGAGGUCUGAUGGGGGAGAUGAGUGCCAUACUGGCACGGAGGAGAAAAGCUGCAGACACUGGAGAGAAGGUGCCUGCAAAGACACAGGAUAAUGAUGAUUCUGAGUCUGCCAGCCAGAACGACACUCGUAAACCGUGGGAGAAGUCGUCGAUGAGCAGGAUAAACUCCGUCUCCAAGAACAUGGACUCCACUUCCUCAUUGCCCCAGGGUUCCAGGGUGAAGACUGGGGGCGGUGCUGGUAACGGUAAUGAUGCCGGAGGAGGCGACGACACUGAGCUGGAGAAAAUGAAACAGGAAAUCCUAGAUGAGGUGAGGAAGGAGCUACAAAAAGUCAAGGAGGAGAUCAUUGGAGCCUUUGUUCAGGAGCUUCAGAAGAGAAGCACAUGAGGAUCAGAGGAUUGAGUUUGGAUACGGACCUGCAUGGGUUCUUCCUCACUGCCCCCUCCUGCUCAGCCCAGGGAUUUAUAGUCCUCUCUAUCUCUAGCCUCUCAAUCUAAUCUAUCUGUCACUCUAACACACACACACACACACACACACACACACACACACACACACACACACACACACACACACACACACACACACACACACACACACACACACACACACACACACACACACACACACACACACACACUAGGCAAUGCCUACUGUCUCUUACACAUGCACAUGUAAGCACGCUUGCUUAAUAUGUCCCACCGUACAUAUUCACUUUAUCAAAAGAAAAAAAUAUAAAGAAAAAUGAACAGACCCCAGGGAAUCCUUUUCAGAUCCUAUGCCAUCAGGGACUUUGAUGAUCUUAAACCAUUGCUGUUGUAGCCAGGACCCCAACUUUCAUCAACUCAUUGAAUGCGCCCAUGUCCAUGUCCCUCCUGAUCGUUCCUUCCAUUAAGACCACUUCUGAGCACAGUAUGUCUUCCCUGUCCCCUCUGUGUGGUCCAUCAACCAUGUCCCCCCCCCUCCCCCGACCGAUCGCUUUCUUCCGCCUCGACCUCGAAACACGGCAGUUAUAAACACACAGGGUGAUUUUCAGAAUCACGCUGGUCUUCAGGCCACGCCAGUUAUCCACAGGGUGAUCUACAGUAUUCGGGGACAUCAUCAUCACCGUCAUUCACUUUGGUUACUGUCCUGUAUCGUGAGAUAUUGGCAUGCAGGGAUUUCUAAGCAAUCAACUUUUUUCUCUUCAAAUCUUUUUUUUCUAUUCCCUCUCUGGUGACACACUUUUCUUCAUCCUCAAGACACUGCCUAUACAGAGAGCUUGGUUCAACACCCUCCCCAACCCCCCCCCCCAAAUAUCACACAACAACCAAACAAAAAGGAGUUUUGCCUUGAUGGCAGACUGAAAAAGGAAGGACAUGGCGUUGGAGAACAGGGAAUUCAGAGAACCUUUACGUUGAGCGCUCUGGGCUGCCACGAUGCAUGCGGGUCUAAAGGCACAUCGACAAGUGCUCGGUUCCAGCCCCCACGUCCGAUGGAUUUUAAAGCUCCCAAGACACUGGCUAUUGGCAUUUAAACACAGCUCCAGCCUACCACACCACAAGACGGAGGAAUCACAUGGCGGAGAGGAGAAGCAAAGGGAAUGGGAUUACUACAAACACGACACCCAGAGUGCUGUGGAAGAGGGUCGCGUGUUGUAGUUUGUGACAGAGCAGUGGGUAUUGUAAGUUGGAAAUGGUUUGGAAAGUCGGUUUUCUUUGCGUUGCACUUGUUUCAGAGAAAGUGUGUCAGCGUGCUAUACUGAAUUGACACAUGAGCUUUGCCCUCCCACUCAGAGAGAAUCGGUUGGCCAGUGCAGUUCCCCUAAACUGUGCUUCUUGUACAAUGAUUUCUUUUCUUUUUUUUGAAUUCUGGGUAUGUUUUCUAACUUUAAAACAUGAAAUAAAAUUGGCCAUGACAAGGUCAAUUAAUUUGGCCAAGUCCAACUGCCUUGAGAAUAAAUAUAUAAAUAUAUAUAUAAGGAAAAUAUAUAUUUGUUUUGAGGGAAAUUGUUAUCAAAAAUUAAAUGCUGUUUCUAUUUUAAUUGAUGACUGGUGAAUGGGUUUUUUGAUGAUUGUUUUCUUAAGAAAUGUUUUGGGUUUACUAUUGUUUCUUUUUUUCUAUAGAGUAUAGACUUUUUACACUUGAAAUAUAAAGACAACAGCUUAGAGACACUGGAUUAGAAAUGCCUUUAUAGUCAAAUACAGCUGCUUCUUGAAAUGCAUUAUUGUUGAGUCUUUCUUUCAAUUUGAAAAAUGUAUUUCUAAUCGAAUAGAGAAAAUGAUCAUCAGGAACUGCAUGCAGGAUCCUGCCAGGACUUCUACACCUCAACAGGCCAAUGGAGUUGAUUUUACUCCAGUCGAUGGUAUGGAAGACCUGUGACCAAAUACAAUUAAAUCUUGCAUUAUUUGUUCCAAAAUAA